GGAAAAACGAGUUGGUAGACAUUCUCUGUGUUUUGUUCCCUCCCCUUCUCGCUCUCUCUUUUUCUCUCACUGUCAUAGACUCUUCUCACUGCCAGUCAUUGUUUUUGUCCCAGUGAGAUUGUGAGCUCCUCUCUUCAAUUCUUUCUCUCGAACUCUCCUGUUGUCGGUUUGGUGUUUGUGACCCCUCUAUUAUGCCAUGGGAGACCCUGUGCCUUUCUCCAUCCUGAACGAGAGACUGAGACCACAGUUGACUGCCAUGGAACAACUCUGCUACUCCCUGCACACCCUGGAAGAUGGACACCAGCUGGCUGGCAUUGUCAGUGGCAGUUCAACCACAAGGUCUACAAUACUGAGAGAUGAAAUACAAACACAGGAUGAUUCAAGCUCGACCACGACCGAACCAGAGGAUGACCCAGAGAAGGAGGAUGUGGUCACAGAAAGGUUGACUUCGCUGACCGAAGAGGGGGACAACUGUCAUGAUCUGUUGACCAUGACCAAUACCUGCUUGAUGCAAUCUUUGACCGCAGAAGAUGCUGGUCCUGAUGGUUCUGGUGAGCUGACCGUGGUCAAGGAGAGUUUGGCCAUAGAGAGUGGCGAUCCAGGUGUUUUGACCAUGGUCAGUGAGGGAGAUGGUUCUGAUGAGGUCAGUGAGGAUAAAAGCCCUUUCAGACGGAGCUACGUAGACCGAACCUUACCGGACCUCAUCAGGAGUGGACAACAGCUCGGCAGACGCAGAACAUUAGGACCAGUGUCCGACACGUUGAAGGAAGUGCGUCGGGAGGUGGCGCUGUCAGUGAGACGCAGUCUGAGGCUGAAGGCUCAGGUGGACAAACUACAGGAGGACAGAGACGAACCGGGAUGGAUCCAACACAGGGAGAAGGUUACAGAGGAGGUUCAGUCCGUUCUGAGGUUGUUGCUUCCUCUGACAGAAGCAGAGUCCAGCACAGUAGAACCAUCUGUUCAGGAGAACAGUCUGGAUACAGCGCUGGUCCUGCUGCAGAACGUCGCACGCAAACUAGCUCUCAGCCACACAGCACAGGAUUCCCAGUUCUGGGUUAAAAAAGGGAAUGGUAUGGAUGACAGUGCUGUUCUACAACAGGCACUACGGGACAGAGACGAUGCCAUGGACAAGAAGAAGGCCAUGGAGGCGGAGCUUCUCCGCAGUAAGACAGAGAUGAUGUUACUGAACAACCAGCUGUUGGAGGCUGUGCAGAAACGACUGGAGCUCUCACUGGAACUAGAGGCCUGGAAGGACGACAUCCAGAGGAUCCUGCAGCAGCAACUCCAGAGCCAGCAGGCAGCAGAACAAGCCCAGAGGAAACCCUCCCGUCUGGGGCUGCUGAGGAGAACUAAAGAACCCCCACACCAGAAGCCAGCCUCCACCCCUGCCCCCUCGCCGGCCCUACAACGCACCCCUGUUACCUGGAGGGACAGGCUGAAGAGGGGGAAGACGGGUCGUCAUGGUGACCAGGAUGCAGCGCAGGCGUCACCGGUGUCGCGGUCGUCAAGUAGCAGCAGCAGACUCGAGGGGUUUCAUACCAUAGACUUAUAAUACAACAUGAGAGGGACAAAUCAUUGCUACUUUAUACAUUUUUCAAACUGUUGGUUCCUACUGGGAGAGAUACAUGGAUUACACACAUUCACAAUGAGAAUAAUUCUCUACUUGAGGAAAACAUUCAUAGUACAUUUGGGUUGUAGAGUCUCUCCAACUGUAAUCAUUAAUUUAACUAUAACGCGUGUCUUUGAUUAAAGCAAUUGAAACGUCCUUCCAAAUGCUGAGCGUGCUACUUAUUCUAGUCGAGGAGACAAGUACACAGCUAAAAAUGAGGGAUAAAACAGCCACAAUGUCCCAAGGAUAUCACAACUUCCCAUUCUCCUUAACCCAUAAUAUUUACCAAGUGCAGACUAACUGGUAUGAGACAAGACAUUUGUUUUUAUUUCCUUCAAUUUUAAUAUACAUCAGUAAUACAUCAUUAAAUAUUUCUCAAUUAUUCACCCAAUGUAUCUCACAACUACAUAACAUUUCUUGACAUUGAAUGAACAUUACUGUGGCAAAGUUAAAAUGCAUAGGCCUAUCGACAACUGAACGAGAGGAUGAAAAGGCAUGCUCAUAGUAAAAUAGACUAAAUUACGGUUUGUCAAUUUCAACAUGAACAUAAAUAAAUUAAACAUUUCACCUCAUACCUGGGUUAAAAUUGGUUCAAUUAGUAUUGGUUUUUAUUUCAAAUACUUUAGGUGUGCGCUUGAUUGAGCUUGUACAGUGUUAAUGGAAUAGUCCCAAAAGUGCAAACCCCAUCAACCCAGGUUCAAUAUCUGUAAAUCUUUCCCCUAGACACAUUCUUGACCAACAGAAAGCCAAUAUGAACCAUGGGGUCUGAGUAUGAUUGGUACGGGAUUGCCUAGCUACUCAAUUACAAUCUAUUUUAGUUAAAACAUGGUUAAGCUAGUUCAACACGAACCAUUCUGAUAUCUUUAGUUAUUCAAACCUGGCAUCCAAUGGAGUACACUUUUUGUUUAACUUUCAACUGAUCAAAAUACUUUCAACUACAAAAAUUAUAAACACACUAGGACCCUUUUGGGGCUAUGAGUUACUGUGAUAAAAUAUAACUGGCAACACGGAGACCAGUCUCAGAGCUGCUGGAUAACUGCGGAAACUUGUUACACAUUUUACAGAGAUGAAAAAGGAGAUGAAAACAAACAAAAAAAAGCCUCAGAGGCACAAACACACAGACAGACUGAGCUGCAGUAUCACUGAUUGUACUUUUCCCCAGACACACAAGCACCAAAACAUUUCACUGAAGAACAAACCCGACCACAGUAGAGGAAAUCUGAUAAGAUUAAGGACAAUAUGAGUUAGAUUUUUGCAGCAUAUCUGACAUACCCAUGAACACUAAAACAUGGCAGACCAAUUCUGAUCUUUUGCCCAAUUAUUUGCGAAACAUCUGAUUGGUCAAACGACAUAUCAGAAUUGGGCUGCCUGUGUAAAUGCAGCCUUUGUCUACAGAGUCAAAGUGAUUCAUAUACUUGAAUAAAUGACCAUUGAAACAGACGCUAGUAGAUUAUCACAAACAGAGUACACAGUUAAUUUUUUACAAAAUGGCCACUCACAACACAGAAGAGUAGAGAAUAUUACCCAGAGUGUAGUGUAGAGCAUUGGGUUUUCCAACUCCAGUCCGAGAGAGUGAAGGCUUUUGUUCUAACCCUGCACUAAACACACCAGUUUCAAGUAAUCAACUAUUCAUGGUCUUCUGUCUGGAACUUGAUUAGUUGAAUAAGGGUGUUAGUGUGGGGAGUCAGGACCCACCGUCCUAGGGAUCUCCAGAGUGUGUUAGUGUAGGGCUGGAACAAAACCCUGCAGGUCCAGUAGAUUCCCCAGGACCAGAGUAGGACCCCCUCUGCUGUAGAGUCUAACCUGGGAGAUACAGGAGAUAAUACAGUACCUGGAAAGAUAUAGCUUUAUUAGCGCUUAAAAUGGCAUAGAAAGAUAGCUAUUUAGCCAUCUGAAUGACAUCACACUAUAAAAAAGGUCAAACGUGUUACACUACAUGUAAUCUAGUAGUACGACAAAAAAAAUACUGAAAUUAAUUCCAAAGACUAAGGGUCAGAUUUACUAAAGCGUUUGCAUCAAUUGAAACACCUUUUUCCCCCAGCUGAGGGUAAGAUACCAACAAACAAAAACACAGCUUUAACACUAGGCUACACUGUGUGCUUUCACUUAAUGUUUUAUUCCAUUCGGUAACAAUCAUUUUACCACUUUGUUCUCCUUUCUGGCUAAUUCCCACAGGCUUAGUAACAUACCGCACACAAAACACACCAUGUAUAAAAGCGAUUGCACACAGCAACACAACAGCCCCGAUCUCUCUGGGGAGCCGUAGAUGUUCCUUCACUGACAUCAGGUGCUAAAUCCACGUCAGUUCAGACAGAACCAGAGCACUUAUUCAUGAGUGCUCAUCUAGGAUCAGGUUCACCCUUUGUUCAUACGUUAUUCACUAUGAUCUAAAAAGGAAAAACUGAUCCUAGAUCAGCACCCUAAUCUAUGGUUCAGUGCUGCAGUUGUACUUUACAUUCCCUCUGCUUGAGAGGUCCUGUCUUUAGUCCAGACUUCUAAUAUAAAAUAAUUAGGGCCCGUAUUCAUAAAGCAUUGUAGGAUUAGGAGUGCUGAUGUAGGAUAUGUAUAUACACACAUACAUACACUCCCCCCCCCCCCCAGGGGUUGCCUGGCUACCCAAGCACCUUGCUCCAGCCAAACGUUACACCACACCCACGGGUGUAAAUUGCUUCAUCGCAAUGAGUCUAAAUUUAAAAUUCUAGAACAGAAAAAACAUUCUAACCGUUCUGAUUGGUCCCAGAAACAGAUGGGUUGGGCCAAAGCCAGAACACACACGGUUAAAGCAGAGGUUUGAUUAGUUAGAGAUAAGCCAAUCGCUGAUUACAACACCCGUCUUUGACAUCACCGCAAACGACUUCAAUAGCUAGGUUUCCAUCCAAUUGGCGACAGAUUUUCACAUGAAUAUUUAAAAAAUCUGCAGAGAUGAGUUUCCAUCAAAUGGACUUGUGGAUAAAAGGCUGUGCGUGAUGACGUAGUCCACAUAAAAAUACCUUUUGCGGAUUCACAUGUACCCAAUAAAAAAGUUAAAUGGGUUUCUAUGGCACUUUCAACUCCAGGCCUACUGAUGGUUUUGUCACAAAA